CGCGUGCGGCCAAGCAACCCAAGCAAGGACGAUGGUCGACAUGCAGGCGUCGUCGAAAGGAUCGAAGAAGCGCAAGCACGACGCCGACGCGGCGCCAAAGCGCGCCGCAACCAAGGCCAAGAAGGCGACCGCCAAGCCCACGCUGCCAGUGCUGCUGGGCACCGAGCCCGCGCGAAGCAGUGACGCCUCGACCAAGAAGCUCCAGAAGGGCGCGCCGCCCGAGGAAAGCACGACAUGUAUGCUAUGCAACGCGAGCUUGAAGCUCAAGGACCUCCGGCAGCACGUCGGCGGCCACAUGGCGUUGGAGGACUUUAGCGUGGUCCGCUGCGGCUUUUGCGGCCAAGACGACGGCAGCUGCGUGAUUUCGCUGACCGCGGGCACGUCGACCGUGACGGUGACGCCGGUACCGCAAGGCAACUGCCCUCGGUUCCGCAAAUUUUACGUCACGUCGGCCACGAAGAACCACAAGUGCACCAACAUCCCGACGCAGUGCGCACGCUGCAACAAGUGGCUCUGGAAGUACACGCUGCGACAGCACUAUCGCGACUGCCACGACGGCCUCGAGGCCAUGACGGACGCGGAGCGAGAGGCCACGACGCUGAGCCAGGCCGAGCUCGACGGGCUCCACAAGCUCGCAAGCGACAUUGCAGGUCGCAAGCGCAAGGCGGCGCCGCGACCGGCGCCGACGUCGUCGACCGAACCGGAGCUGUCGUUGUCGUCGUCGUCGUCGUCGUCGUGGAUUGAUGCGUUUGUGCCGUUGGAAGUCGAACCCAACGUCUUUCUGGUCUAGGCGGCAAGGACACUCUUGGCCAGACCAUUUUGAUAGCAUUUAGAUUAUUAACCAGCUACGACGCAUUCGUUUUGACC